AUGUCAUUUCCAAAUUUGAUUUCUGGAGGAGCAGAGUGUGGUCCAGUUAACCCAACGACUGGAUUAGUAAAACAUUUAGUACAGGACAAGUCUCUUCAAAAGGAUAGGUUUUUACGAGACCCUACCGGUGAAGGCUCUUCUCGAGGGGUAUUUAGGACGCGCAGAAAAAUACCCCUAGAAGAAAACCAGAUUCCUGACCAAUAUUUUAAUAAUCAAACGCAAAUUGAUGAAGCUUUUCAUUUUGACCAAAUGGGUAAAGAGCUCAAUGCGAUGCAGCACGAGGUGACAACGAUAAAUACUAGUGAUUGGGCAAAUGAAUUUCUAAAGCAAGCAAAUACGAAUCAACCACCUACUCUUCAUAAUCAUGAACAAGAAUAUUUCGAGGAAAUCUAUUCACAGGGUGCUACUGCCCCCACCCAAGUUGAUUGGGCCCAAGAAUUUUCACAAAUUACUCUCCAAUCACACUUAAAUAGCGAAAAUCAAGAGUUAUUACCCGAAGAAGAGGCAGCUUUUGAAAGAGCAUUUGAUGAGGCGAAUAAGGAGUUGGAUGAGCAGUCUAAAUUUAAUAUUGAUGAGGGAACAUCUUGGGCAGCAGAAUUUGAAAAGGAACAAGAGGCCGAAAUGUCAACUGAUGAGUCUAAAACUAAAUUAGCUAUAUCAGCCGGUAAAUUAGUGGAAACAAUAGAAGGCGAGACCAAUCCAAAAUUUAAGAAUUCUGUAUUUUUAAAUUUUAUGAAAAAGCUUCGUGAUCAAGAACUUUCAGUCGAAGGGAACAAAAUUGUUGAACAAAAGACUGCAGUGGCAAUGCCAAAAAAUGGAUGGGUGUCUGAAUUUGAGGCACAGCAACAGCAAAACCUUAAUUGGGCAAAUGAAUUUAAAUUUCAAACGGCAAAUAGUAAUGUAUUCAAGGAACCUUCAAAAGCAAUCUCUGAUCGGGAAACUAACCUGCAAAAAGAACGGAAAAGAUUUGAUGAGGAAUUUGAGAGACAAUGGAAUCAGAAUUCCACUCGACAGCGAAUAUUAAGGUCUAAAGGAUUAAUAGACUGGACAUCUGAAUUUCAACAAACUGAACAAAAUUCUUUAAUGUCGGAUAAACUCGAAAUGAACAACUCCAAUGAAGAAUACGAACGUAAAUGGAAUGAAUAUGCUAAAAGAGAAAACUUUCUUCCACUAUCAAAUUUAAUAAACUUACGAGCUGAGGCUGAAAAAAUGGAAUCUGAAGAGAGAAAAACAAAGAAUGACUCUACGAAAAAUAUUGUAGAUUCAAGUAAUUUGGUCGAAGAGAACUUUAAUGACUUUAAUGUUGCUAAACUUACACAAGAAUCGGGUGAUAUAGGGUGGGACGAAUUACAAAGUGACUGGGAUCGAUACACACCGCAUUAUGCAGGCUAUCAGUAUUCAGACGAAUAUAAGAAUUACAAAUUUCAAUCGAAAAAUCCUUAUCUUCCAACUCCCGAUCAUAUUUUAAAACAAAGUGUACGGCACGGAAGUCUAAAAGAAUCUAUUUUAGCUUUGGAAGCAACUGUUCAAUUGAAACCACUUGAUGCUAAUGCAUGGCAUUUACUUGGAAUUCGGCAACAAGAAAAUGAACAAGAUAUACGUGCAAUUGCUGCUUUACGUAAAGCAGUAUCCUUAAAUCCUAAGCUUUCGGAUGGGUGGAUGGCUCUAGCAGUAUCUUAUACGAAUCAGAAUAUGCGUUCAGAGAUAUACAACUCGUUAGAAUCAUGGCUACGAAAUCAUGAUAAAUAUGCACAAAUAUAUGAACGAGAGCGUGGCAAAGGACCAGUAUUAAACCAGCACAAAUUGAUCACAGAUUCAUUUUUACAAGCUGCAAUUUCUAAUCCUCAGUACAUCGAUGCUGAAGUGCAAAUAGGAUUAGGAGUUUUAUUUUAUGUCUCGGAAGAGUAUGAUAAAGCAAUUGAUUGUUUACUAGCAGCCCUUUCAGUGAGACCCAAUGAUUAUUUAAUAUGGAAUAAAUUGGGCGCAACUUACGCAAAUUCACACCGGCCGGAAAAAUCCAUGGACGCAUAUUUCAAUGCACUUGAGAUUAAACCGACUUUCAUUCGAGCCCGAUACAAUCUUGCCGUCAGUUGCUUAAACUUGGGACAAAUUCGAGAAGCUACGGAACAUUUAUUAGUAUCUUUAGCAUUGCAAGAUUUGGAUAUUGAAUUGGAAUAUGACGAAUUAUCGCAUGAAGCUGAAAAUGGUGGUGUUAGCUCGGCUGACAGACCUUUACGAGAUCCAACGAUCAUGAGCUCUAAUAUUUGGGAUACACUGAAAAUGUGUUGUGUUUCUAUGCAUCGGCAAGAUUUAGUGGCAAAGUGUGAUCAAAGAGAUUUAAAGGCAUUUAGACAGCAUUUUGAUUUUUAA